CCUACGGUUGGUUUUUCUUGUUUUUGGGUAAAUUCUGUGUGUUGCUUUGAAUGGGAGAAAAAAAUUGAAUUAAAUAAGGUAGGAGAAAUUAGACAGAAUAAUUAAUCGUGUGAAUGUAAUUUGUGCCAAAGAUGGGAUAAGGUUUGACAAAAUUUACGACUGACGGAGCUAAUAAUUUGAGAGGGGAGAACAUUUUCGUAAUUCUGAUCCUGAAUUUUUCCAGCUUCAAUUAGGAAUAAGAGAUUUUUUUAAAUUUAAGAGAAUACUUGUUUUCUUAAAUUAACUUCAAGAUGCCGGAUGAUCCACGGAUUGUGUUUCCAAUUACUGUACGACAGGGACUUGGGAUAGGUAUUUUUAUCUUGGGAGUAGCCGUCUUCGUCGCAUUGAUGGUUGACAGUUAUCACGAAAUUGAAGAAGGUCAUAUCGGAGUGUAUUACCGUGCAGGGGCGCUGUUGGAGGAAACGUCCACCCCAGGGUUCCAUAUGAUGAUCCCGAUCCUCACGACGUACCGCUCAAUUCAAAUCACGAUUCAAACCGAUCAAGUGAAGAAUGUUCCUUGUGGUACUUCCGGCGGUGCGAUGAUAUAUUUUGACCGGAUUGAAGUAGUGAAUCUCCUGUCAGCUGGGUUUGCUUGGAAUGUGGUGAAGAAUUACACGGCUGAUUACGAUAAGACACUUAUCUUCAACAAAGUUCAUCACGAGCUGAACCAGUUUUGUUCGAUUCAUACCUUGCAAAAGGUUUACAUCGAUCUUUUUGACACGAUUGAUGAAAAUUUGAAAAAUACGUUGCAAAGGGAUUUGAAUAUAAUGGCGCCAGGGUUGCAUAUCCAGGCAGUUCGUGUGACGAAGCCCAGGAUUCCGCACGACAUACAGAGGAAUUAUGAGUUGAUGGAGGCUGAAAAGACAAAGCUCCUGAUAUCCACUCAGAAACAAAAAGUGGUCGAGAAGGAUGCCGAAACGGACCGGAAGAAGGCCGUCAUUGAGGCUGAGCGGAACGCACAAGUGGCCAGAAUCCAACUGGAACAGCGCGUCCUGGAGAAGGAAUCCUUGAAAACCAUGGCCGCCAUAGAAGAUCAAAUGUAUUUCAACAGAGAAAAAAUGCAGGCGGAUGCGGAGCGGUACAGGAAGGAGAAGUUGGGGGAAGGAAACGCCAUAAUUCUGACGCCGGAGUAUCUCGAACUGAAAAGAAUUGAAGCCAUUACGACAAAUACGAAAAUGUAUUUUGGAAAUAAUAUUCCGAGCAUGUUUCUUGGGGAGAGUUUCAAAGCGGAUGUGACACCGGUUUUGACAAAGCCAACUAAUGUAAAAGGGUGAUUCAGUUAAGGAUUACUGGUAAAGGGGUAAAAUCUAAUUAAAUCUUAAAUAUUAAUCAGUUAAUGGAAUUUAAUUAUUAAUUUAUAGAGUUUUAUUGUGUUGAACAUGAGCGGGGUUAUAUAAAUUUAAAAAUGAGUGUCAAUUAAGUUAUUUAAAAUGGAUUUGUGGUAUUUAGUCGCUGUCGAUUAACUGUGUGCAAAUGGUUGCUGGAUGUAAAUGUUUGAGUAUGUAUAAACUCUACUCGGACUUGUUAAGCUUAAUUAGUAAUAUUACUAGUUUGAAAAAUGAAGUUUGGCUUUUGCAAAUUUUGAUUGAAAUAUUUGGAAUUAAUAAUUAGUAAUUGUUAAUUAAGAAAAUUUAAUCUAAAUAUUUGAUAAUCUGAAUGGGUUAAUCAUAAUUUAUAGAAUUGGAGGCUGAUUAUCGAUUUAAAACUUCUAGUAAUGAGUUAUUUUUGCGGGAGGUAUUAAGUCCGCAAAUUUUGCAACAAAAAUUAUUUGCAAAAAGAUUUGUGAGCUUUUCCAAGUUUUAGUUUGCAAAAUAUGUUUUAAAAUAAAUUUGUUGUGAUGCAAACUCAUAAAUACACUACAUUCUCCGCUUAGCAAAGACUUACUGUACAAAUUACUAUACAAAAUUAACUUGUACAAUAAAAAUUUCGUAAUAUUAUGUAAUACAAUACCACCACAAUUUAUAUGUAAAUUCUACACAUGAAAAAAAUUUAAAGAUAUUUAUAAAUAUUUAAAAGUACAUUGUUAAAUACGUAACGACUUUAAUCUUUUUAUGGAAUGAUUUCAAUUUUUAAAUAAAUAUUA